AUGGACACUUUGACACAGACCCCUAACCAGCUUGCAGAAAGAGAUCAGCACAUUGCUAGGCUGCAAGAUGCACUUCGACUUGAGAGAGAGAAGAAUGCAAAGAUGCAGUCUCGUUUUAACCAACAGGGGGCAGAGCUUAGGCGCAAAGAACAGCACAUUAACAGAAUGAGAGAGAAACUGGCUCAGUUUACUGACAGGCAAAGAGACCGUGGAUUGUCCAUAGAGAUUAUAAGAACUCUUCCUAAGACCUCAGGAAGGAGAGAGCCUGCCUCAAGAACUACACCAGCAGAUGGGAGAAAAGAGGAGGCGCUCCAGCUAAUGUUGGAUAGGAGGGAGGCGGAACUUAGAGAGGCUAUGAAGCUUCGCCACAGCCUGACGACGUUACUGCAUGCGCUGAGAGCCGACAUGCAGCAGACUCUGCAGGAUGACACCGACACUGAGGAAGAAACGCAGGCCAGCGGGCUCGUCCAAUCAGAGCAGUUGCUUGGUGAUCAUGUGACAGGAGGUGUGGUCUUGGAGUGGACGCACGUACAGAAGCGAAUGAGGGAGCUGCUGUCACAAAGCCCUGUUAUUGUGAGAACAGACCAAGAGAAGCUCCUGGCUCAGCUUGAAGAGGAGCUGGAGCAGAUCAGAGAGCUAGUCCAAGUGCAGCAACAGCUCCUAGAGGACAACGUAGUUCCUCCUCUUCCUGAUGUUCUGAUUGGCUCUUAUUAUCUAGAGGAGUGGGAGCAGCUUCAGGACAUGUGGGUGGAGCUUAACCAUCAGAGGCGUAGCUUCCAGCAAGAGAGGCAGGCUUUCACCGAUGCUGCAAUCCGACUGGGCCGUGAGAGGUGUGAGUUUGAGCAGCAGAAGGCCUCUCUCCUGAAGCAACAGUUCCUCUGUGAAUCUCCAGUAAGAAAGACCUCCCAUUCCAUCAAGGCAGUGGGAACACCAGACAAUGACGUACACACAGGCAAACAAGAUCCUGACGAGUGGUCAGAGGUUGUGCCCAGGUCAGGUCAGAAUAUGGUUAUGACCCCCAACACCCCCGAGCUCUACUCUGCCCUCCAGCUGCCAUACCACUGCAGGGAAACAGAUAGUUCUCAGUCUGAGAGGAUGCAGAAUGAAGUAGGGAGAGGUGUUUUCAGCCCUACUAAAACAAACAUGGAUGACUGACCCUUUUAGUCCCGACUGUGAAACGUGCGUAAAAGGGCAGAAAUGUACUCGUUGUUUAAUGAUAUUUAAUGCUUUUUGUAUUGACUUGACUAAAUAAAAUUUCAAAUAUUAUUA